GCCGGGCCGGGCCGCGCAGGGCGGCCCCGGGCGCGGCAGAGCGAACGGGAAAGCUCCGCGCCCGGGUGACUUCCCCCGGCCCCAGCGGGGCGGGGCGGCCGCCGCCGCCGGCAGCUCUUCCCGGUAGCCCGCUCCCCGCAGCCCGCCACGAUGAGCGGCUCCGGCCCGGAGGCGACCCAGCCCGGCGACGGCGCGGAGGUCCGGCUGCAGGAGGCCGAGCAGGACUGGGCGGCCGCCAAGGCUUUCUACGACAACCUGGCUUCCAAGAGACCCCGGCCGCCCAAGCCCCAGCACGCCAUCACGGUGGCCGUCUCCUCCCGAGCCCUCUUCGACUUGGUGGAGGAGCGGCGGAUCUACGAAGAGCACGGCUUGGAGAAGUACGUGGAAUACCAGCAGGACAACGAGAACGUCACCCUCAAACCCGGACCGGCUUUCUACUUCGUCAAGGCGCUGGAGCAUGUCAAUGCCCGGCUUCUUGAGCUGUACCCUGAUGAUGAAGAACGAUUUGAUAUUGUUCUGAUGACUAAUAACCAUGCCCAAGUGGGAGUGAGACUGAUAAACAGCAUCAAUCACUAUGGCUUAACAAUUGAACGUUUCUGUAUGACGGGAGGAAAAAGUCCUAUUGGUUACCUGACUGCGUACCUUACGAACUUGUACCUCUCAGCAGACUCUGAAAAAGUGCAAGAAGCUAUAGAAGCAGGCAUCGCAUCAGCUACGAUGUUCUCUGCCAACAAAGAUGUUGCGUACUCGGAUACACAGUUGAGGGUGGCAUUUGAUGGGGAUGCGGUUCUCUUUUCUGAUGAAUCAGAACAGAUUGUCAAAGAGCAAGGAUUAGAUAGAUUUUUUGAACAUGAACAGCUGAAUGAAAAUAAGCCUCUUGCACAGGGUCCUUUGAAAGGUUUUCUGGAAGACCUAGGGAAACUCCAGAAGAAGUUCUAUGCGAAAAAUGAACGAUUAAAUUGUCCUAUAAGGACCUUCCUGGUCACAGCCAGAAGUGCAGCAAGCUCUGGAGCCAGAGUGCUGAAGACUCUUCGUAGCUGGGGUCUGGAGGUUGAUGAGGCACUUUUCCUAGCGGGAGCUCCUAAAGGACCGAUCCUGGUGAAAAUCCGCCCUCACAUUUUCUUUGAUGACCAGAUGUUUCACAUCGAAGGAGCACAGAAAUUAGGCACCAUAGCUGCGCACGUUCCCUAUGGCAUUGCUCAGAAAUACCACAAAUCCACAUGACUGGAUGGCACCGUUAACAAUAAGGUUCUUAGCUCAGCCAGCCUCUAACAUACCAAUAGUUAUGUCUGAAAACCUCUACAUUUUUAUAUUGUAAGCACUAUGUUUAAAGAUUUAACUUUGGGCUAGAACAGCCUUUAAAGGAAAUAUUUUUAAUAUAGGUAAGUUUUUAAUAGAGUUAUUUUAAUAGCAUUCUUAAGCAGUUUAGGCUUUUUAGCCGUCUGGAUCUAACACUGUUUUUGAUAUUAGGGAAAGAUUUGUACUGUUUUUAUAGCUCGAGAUGGGGAGAACAGUUAUAUUUUCUCUAAAAAACUGUUGACGGGUUAUUUAUAACAAAAAUCAUGCUGCAAUGCUAGUCCGUGAUGGUUAUUUCUGAUAUUACCAAAAGCACAGUUUACAUGUAAGUGUUUACCUGUUGGUGGUUUGCUUGUUAAGUAUGUGUUCAGUAGGUUUGUUAUCACAAGGUUUCAGCUUCCAGUGAAAUGUUAGUUUAUUUGAUCUUGUGUUUAAAGGAACCCUUUAUUAUUCUAUAUUGUUUUCCUAUUCUAAUAAAGCUGGCUUUACAGAA